UCAUUUACGCUGUCCUCCUUUAGUGACUCAAAUAAUGAUUCCUAAAUCAAAUAGUAUGCAAAUAUCUGUUUUUGUUGUUAUUUCAUUUACACAAAGAUUUGUACAUGAAAAAAAAAAAAAAAAAAAAAAAAUCCUUAUCCAAUGUUUACAAACGAUUGUCACUGGUCCAUUAUCUGACUAGCAGUGAGAAAAAGAACAGGUAUAACAUGAUAUCUCCGUCUAGAUGCUGCUUAGCAUUAGCAUUGUCCUGCUCAGAUACUAAUUAAAGUGACUAGCUGUUCUGAAACAACAGUAAAAGGACAACAAAGGCCGAGAUAAGCUGAGGUUUGCGUUCUUGUGAUCUUAGCUGUUCCAUGUCAACAUUAUUUUUUAUCUAUUUUUUGUGCUGAAUAAUAGCAAAAGUCAGGGGAGAUGUAAAAUAAAAAAUAAAAAAAAGAAGAAAAAAUACAUAUACAAGGUAAUAUAGAGUAACUUGGAGAGUAAUUGUAGCAUAUGUGCUAAUCCUUCAAGGUAUUGUUUUUGUAUCUUUAUUUAAUUAUGUUUUGUUGUAUCAUGGCUGAACACCUCAUUACCUGCCAAGUCUCUAAAUUAGCCAAUCAGGAACACUAUUUGGCUGUAAAACAUUUAAGCAAAUUACGUGUUUGCUGACAUUGAACUGGAUGUCAUGUCUAUGUAGAGCAUGGUUUUUGAGAGAGGGCUUGUUGUUAAAGUGACUGAGCUAGUGUAAUUCAGCGGCUAAAGGUGCGUUUAUGCCACUGAAUUGUGAUUACUGUGAUUGCGAGAUUCUUGUAAAAAGCAUCCACGUUCCCACAGAACACGUAAUUACAACUUUUGAACUGGGAGUUUUCUGAGAACUAGAGCUUGUCCCACCCGACUUCCUCAGAUUUAUUAGACACUGCGUUUAGGCAUUGAUAGUGCAAUAGUUACGAGUCCAAGGGAGUGAACAGCUCCAAGUAGAGUGUCACGUGUUGUCAUCUCGAAAUCACAGUAAUAACCACAUGGAUUGAAUGCAGCGUAAGUUUGCAAAAUGGUGGAAAUCACUUACAGAAUCUUUCAAUUACACUGUAUAUACUGAAGUAACAUUAUAUUUAAGAAGAAACAUGAGAGAGACAGAGAGAGGGAGGUAAUGUAACAAUUAAGUUUUUCUUAUAUCCUUAGACCAUGUUUUUCUUGAAACUCGCUGCUAGAAGUACUGUACACAACAGAGCACCAACAGGUUGUCUUAAAUAUAUUUGUGCUUUUUUUGUCAUUUUGGUAGAUGUUUUACUGACAAAACAGCUCUUGUGAAUUUGUCACUAAGUUAAAGAGUGAGCACUCAUGUGAUAGUCGCACCGUUAGUGACCGACCAAAGGUCACUCUGUCUUUCUUCCUACACAUUCCUUUCACCAUGGCUCUUCGACACAAUGUCUUGAUUUUCCUUUGCAUUUUACCUUUUGCUAACGCUCUCUACAAGCAAUGGAUUCCAGACACCAAUUUUGAAAAUGCUACCAACUGGGAUAAAGGCUCUGUACCCUGCGGUAACGACCAAGUUGUGUUUUUAGCUCAGAGGAAAGUAUCAGUGUAUGUCGAAACGGCUCACACUAUCGCUGGAAUGAGCUUGCCGGUGGAUGGAGAGCUGAUUCUGGCAUCCGGCGCUGGGUUUACUGUAAGAGAGGGUGGAGAUCCUGGUUGUGGAUCUGGGGUCACGGCACACUUUAAAGACCCAGAAUCUCUGAAAUGGUUCGAUCCAUCGAUGUGGGUGGCUGCGACCACUAUCGACGAUCUGCACAGAGGUACAUAUCAGUUUUCAGUCCACGAGGAGAGUGUCCCGUGCCAGUUUGACGACGUGGUAUUUCGAGAGGGCACCUCAUUCCGUGUGGACGUUUCAUCUGAUCAUGACGUGCCCGUGAAGAGUGUGUCUGUUUUUGGGAAAAAGUUCACCAGCAGCUUUGAGUUUUCUCAGUACCUGACGUCCAAUUCUGGCAAGCUGCAGUUCCAUGGCUCCUCAACCCUUAAAGUUGGUAGUUCAGGCUGUGACGAUAACACGGGAUGCAUCUGUGAUAACUCCGGAAAUCGAGACAAGAUCUGCUCAAAUGUGAAAUGCGAUUCAUUGGCGUGCAAGAAACCCCUGCACCCGGUGGGACACUGCUGCGAUGUUUGUGGUGCCAUCGUGAACGUUGAGUUCUCUUCGAGCUUCAACUUUGAGUCGUAUCGCCAGCGGCUGCAGCACCUCUUUCUCAAUCAGCAUAAGUAUGAAUCGACACAGAUGGCCAUGUCGAAGGUGUCAAAAGAGCAGAGGCUGCUGCGAGUGAUUCCUUUCGGAGCCACUCAGGAGAUUCAGGUGGUGCUUCUGGAUCAGAAGACAGGUCAGGAUGCCGGGAAGCUGGCUGAAGCUCUCGCUCGAGACGUAGUGCGGGAUGUGCACAACCACGGCUUGAACUUCGGCAUCACCAGCGCAGAGUUUCAGGCGUCAUCAGGGGCGAGCAGCAGCGAGGCGGCUGGAAACAGUGCAGGGGUCGUGGUGGGCGCAGUGCUGGGCUCCCUGCUUGGAGUGGGUUUACUUGCAGUUGUUGUGUUGCUUUACCGUCGUGGCAUUGUUAAGAUACCCAGAAUGCCUAGCAUCCCCUCGUUUACCAAAUGGAAGAACAGUAGUGACAUUGGGGAGCUUGGCGGCACCUUGGACCAGGGCUUUGACAACCCCAUGUUUGACAAACCGACUAUGAUGCCUGAGGAACCAGGGCUGUACGGGACAGAGAUGACAAACUCAAUAACCCUAACUCAGUCAGGAGUGCAUUUCGUAAAUCCUGUUUACGAUGAAACUGAUUUUAGUGCAUGAAAGGUUUAGUAUCACUUGAUCUGAUGGGGGAUGUGAUGGCAAAAUAAUUCUUAAGGAUUUUAACACAGCAUAACAAUCAUUGAUGAUUUAAUCAGAAUCACACACUGAAACGUGUUUUAUCUGGGUGCUUUUGGUAAACACACACACACACACACAUAUAUAUAUAUAUAGUUCUGUAUGUUGUGAUGGAAAGAUGAAUUUCAUACUGCAUAAUCAUUUCUCUUAAUAAAAAAAUUGAAGCAUUUGAGAU